ACCAUACCACAGUAUUUUAUACAGAAAUACUGUGACCCUACUUUCACUUGUUUUCAAAUAUUUUUUUUAACUGCUACUACUGGUGUCUAAAAAAAGUCAAGGUCAAUACAUAAAAAACCUUUGAGUUUGAUGUUCUUUUACCAUUAUACUUGUGAUGGUGUAUUUUGAGCAGUGUUAGCCAUGCUUUCUUGCCGAGGAGUACAGAAUUCUUCCAUCCUUCAAAAUAUAUUUCGAAGAAUUUCUAAAUGUAAUGGAGAUUUGCGUGUUUCAAAUAAUUUUGUUAGUACACUGAAUUUUUCUGCGAAAUCUCUAGAAGCGGAUGGGACGCUAUAUUGGACUGCAAGGCCCAGGUCACGAUUAUUUGGAUCAACAACCGAUUAUAAUAAAGAAACUUUAAAAAAUAUGGCAGGUACCAGUUCUUCUAAGGAGCCCACCAAAACGAACCGUUUGGCACUAGAAAAAUCUCCUUAUUUAUUGCAGCAUGCCACAAAUCCAGUUGAUUGGUUUCCUUGGGGCCAAGAAGCAUUUGAUAAAGCCAAAGCAGAAAACAAAUUGAUCUUCUUAUCUGUUGGAUAUUCCACAUGUCACUGGUGCCAUGUCAUGGAAAAAGAAUCUUUUGAAAAUGAUUCUGUAGCAGAAAUAAUGAACAAAUAUUUUGUUAAUAUAAAAGUGGAUAGAGAAGAACGUCCAGAUGUGGACAAGCUAUAUAUGUCGUUCAUUCAAGCAUCCGUGGGAGGAGGGGGAUGGCCAAUGUCAGUUUUCUUGACUCCUGAUUUGGAACCCUUAGCAGGGGGCACCUAUUUUCCUCCAGAGGACAAAUAUGGGAGACCCGGUUUCAAAACGUUUUUAAAAAAAAUUGCAGAUCAGUGGCGUGACAAGAAAGCAAUCCUUUCAAAAUCAGGGAAACACACAGUGGAGGUACUGAAGAAAGUAUCAUCCCAAGACCAAAAGCAGUGCCAGACAGUUGAUCUUCCAGGAGAAGAAGCCUGGAAGAAGUGUUUUCUGCAAUUACACAGACAUUACGAAUCUGAUUUCGGGGGUUUUAAUUCAGCACCUAAAUUUCCACAACCUUCAAAUUUCAAUUUUCUGUUCCACAUGUAUUCGAGAGAUAAGAAAAGUGAACAGGGUGCUAUGUGCUUGGAAAUGUGUUUGCAUACAUUGAAGAAAAUGGCUUAUGGAGGGAUACAUGAUCACGUCAAUAAAGGAUUUGCCAGGUACUCUGUAGAUGACAGAUGGCAUGUUCCCCAUUUUGAGAAAAUGCUUUAUGAUCAAGCUCAACUGGCAGUGUCAUACUGUGAUGCUUAUGUCCUCACAAAAGAUGAAUUUUAUGCUGACAUAGUAAGGGACAUCUUGACAUAUGUUGCUAGAGACCUUAGUCAUGAAUUAGGAGGCUUCUAUGGAGCUGAAGAUGCAGAUUCUUAUCCAUAUGAGGGAGCACCUCAUAAACAAGAAGGCGCUUUCUGUGUGUGGGAAUACGAUGAAAUAUUCAACCUACUUGACGAAAAAACCCAAGGAAUUUCUCAUGCCGAAGUUGUCGAAUAUCAUUAUAAUGUCAAGAAGAAUGGUAAUGUCAAGCCAUCUCAAGAUCCCCACGGUGAACUCUUAAACAAAAAUGUUCUGGUAUGUUUUGGUUCUUUAGAGAGUACUGCAAAUAAAUUCAACACCACGGUGGAUAUAGUGAAAAAAAUUUUGGGGGAAUCUCAUAGAAUAUUGUAUGAUGAGAGACAGAAGAGACCAAAACCACAUGUCGAUACAAAAAUUGUAACUUCUUGGAACGGAUUGAUGAUAUCCGGUUAUGCAAAAGCUGGUUUCGUUCUGAAAGAUCAAACAUAUACAGAUAGGGCUUUAAAAGCAGCUGAGUUUAUAAAGAAAUUUUUAUAUAAUGAAGAAGAGAAAAGUCUCUUGAGGUGUUGCUACAAUGGUGGUGAAGGCCAGAUCGUUCAGACGUGA